AUGAACAUCUUUGUCAAGAACCCCACCGGAAGAACGAUCCGGAUUUGGGUUCACCCAUCAGAUACCUUCCGUUCUGUCAAGGAGCAGAUCCAGAAGCGGUAUCACCUCAUCUUCAGUGGGGUGCAGCUAGAGGAUGACAGUACAUUUUCUGAUUACAACAUCCAGCAGGACUCCACUCUUGACCUUGAAGAGAAGACACAGAUCUACGUGAUGGAGACACUGAUGGGUAGGAUCAUCAACAACCUUGAUGUUGACAUCCUAGACACUAUUGACGGCGUGAAGGCCAAGAUCUAUUGCCUCGAGGGCUUCCCCGUAGAUCAGCAGUGCCUCAUCUACGAUGGCAAGCGUCUAGAGAACGUGAGCCGCACCUUGGCAGACCACAACAUCUGCAAGGAGUCCACAAUACUCCUUGUCCUCCACCCGUGUAUUCCGAGAGGAGACAUGAUCCAGAUCUUCGUGAAGGUGCUGACUGGGAAGACCAUCACUCUCGAGGUGGAGAGCUUGGACACCAUCUAUGAGUUGAACUACGCCCCUUUCCCAAAGAAGCAACACCUCAUCUUUGCUGGCAGGCAGCUCGGGAGCGGCACCUUGGCGGACUACAAGGUUACGAAGGAGUGCACCCUUCAUUUGUGUCUACGUCUUCGUGGUGGUUGA